AUGAGGAGUUUCUUCCAGCGUAAGCAUGAUAAUACACCACAGGCCAAGUCUGCUUCCAAGGAUCCGUACAAGCUCUGGAAACCGCGACCAGAACAUCAAGUUCCCCGAAAGUCAUCGGAAAAGGCUGCAAAGCAGAACACUGGCACAGGUGUCGUCAAGCCGAGUGAAAAACAUUCAAGUUCGAGUCGUGCACGUCGACCCGAUAACGAGGCUUACGUGUCAUCAACUAACGCUGGCAUCCCCAUUCCCUCUACCCUCCAGUUGUCCUCGAGCAGAAAUCGUACAAACCUCCCUGAUUUAUCAUCGUCGCUACCCAGUUCAUCACAACGACCAGUGUUUCUCAAUGCCACUUCCUCCGCCGGGACAUCAUACAACGUUCACCCCACGGCUACCUCCACACGACCUAUUAUAGAUCAAAACGUUCCCCCCGCAGCUCCUUUCGCCACCCCAUCUGCCCCUCCAUCCAUGCCUAAUGAUGCUCAGCAUCUGCAACAGGAUGUUUACGCCUCCUAUGGGGCGAGGGAGCACGCUGAGGAACGGGAAAGGUCCAGGUUGAAGGAACGGAGUGGCAAGGAGAGAGUGUAUGAGGAAAGAUACGACAGAGAGCGAGGGAGAGAAAAAGAAUCGAGGGACAAAACAAAAGAUGGGGAUGCGAGAGACCGGCCGAGAGUAAGGGAGCACGACAAUGGAGUCUCAACUCACGCGAUUGAAGUGGACGAACAAAUUCGAGCUCGGGAAAGAGCGAAGAACGCAGCAAUGGAACGGGCGAGGGACAGGGACAUGGACAGGGCGAGGGAGAGGGAAAAGCAAAGAGAGGUGGAAAGGGAAAAGGAGAGGAGAGAGAGAGAACGAGCAAAGGAGCGAGAACGAACGAGAGAAAGGGACAAAGUAGAGAGGGAGAGAGCAAGAGAACGAGCCGAGCGAGACAGAGAACGGAUUGAAAGGGAGAGAGAACGAGCGGAACGAGAAAGGGGAAGAGAGAAAGAACGAGACCGUGAUAGAGCCUGGGACAGAGAAAGGGAUCGACCGCGGGAUCGAGAUCGACGAGAACGAGAACGAGAAGAAGAUAUGCAGGCGCGGGCUGAACGGGAAAGGGCGAAGAUGCGGGAUUUGCUUCAGCGUGACCGAGAGCAAAAACUUCGCGACAAAGAGAACACUAGGAUCCGCGAUCCUAUAGAACGAGAGCGUUAUCGCGACUCGGACAAGAGGCGGGACACAGACAAAACAGGGGGACCGUCGUUGGAUCGAGAAACAUUCUCUGGCGUCCCGAAAACGUUCGACAAAUUCAGGGUUAAAGAAACGGAAAAAAGUACAGCUGAUGCUUACUACUACAAGACAACACGGAAAGCUGCGGGACGAGACUCCAGUGAUGAAGGUGAAGGCUCUGAUCCUACCCGCCAGCUGUAUGCUUCAAGCAAACGUCGGGUCAAGCCAAACGAUACCUACUUCCACACGCUGCCAGAUUCCUCCAAGUUUCACCCCAUGCCAACAACAUACCCAGCGCCUCAGGCCAUGACACCUCUUGGUACCAAGUCGUUGUUGUCUACACAACUCGACGCCCCCACCGCUGCGCCGUAUUUCGCUCCCCAAAGUGCUUCAUUAGCGCCACCCGCCUCAAAAUCGGUUUCCAAUAGCGCGUUACUUCCUACCCAACAGAGUUCGAAGCCUCCUUAUUCAACUGUGCAAGCUUCGCUGUCCAGCAUACCCCAGAAUAUUUCUACGACGCAAUCCACUUUCAAAGGCACAAAUACAGUAUCGACUGCUCCAGUCGCUAGUGCUGACCCGCCUGUUCCUUAUGCUGGGAGACACGGUGCGAAGAGUAUGAACAUUCAGUCAUCGGAGACAAGUGCUCAACACGGUAGUUUUGUUCCAGAUGGCUCGAAAUUACCAGACGCUGCACAAGGUUCCACUAUGAAUCUGCAAGCAAUUCCUGCCCUUAAAUCAACGCGCACCCACUUGCUUAAUGAACCGCAGAGCGGAAACGAAGGAUUCGUGACGUCCUCUGGGAGUGAUAAUGAACAGAGAAGAAGCCAUGAGCACCGGCGUCGCAAACGUGACAGAAAAGAUCAAGGACCGGAGCCUAGACUGUCAUCUAUCGCUGAACAACAGCGGACUGUCGGGAAAUAUGAUGAGUACCAGCGUGUACAUGGGCAGCAGCCUAGCAGUGGGGACCAGGCCAUUCGAACGCUGUAUAAUCCAACACCCGUUUCAACUGUCUCUCGUGACAAAGCACGGGAAGCACGGGUGGCACCCGUCGCCUCUUCCUGGGGCAAUUCUUCGGCAUUGACCCCCGUAACUCCUUCAAACGGACACUCUCAAGUUACAAAAGUAACACCUCCAGAAAUUCGACAUGACGGGUGGGGACUUCCCGACCAGGCUGCAUUAGCCCCGACAUCUCAUAAAAGGGACUAUAUCCCGCCGAUCCGGCCUAUUCCCGACAGCCCUGCUUUGGUACCAAUGCCUCAGCAAUCCGGUCCUGGCAGAGGAGAUUCUGGUGACCCCAUAACAUGGCGUCCCCCAAGCCGUUCACACGGUCUCCAACCACCUCACCAGACAAACGUGGCAAAUCAUUCUCCACAACACAGUUUGUACACUAAGUGGACCCCUCCAACACCUUCAAAAGUUUCACCGACCUUAAAGACUAGCGAUCAUUCGAGGUCUACAUCCCAUGGCAAUGUUUCGAACUCAUCUCCACCCAAACGAGGAACGGUUUAUAACGAAUCACCCACCUCAGGGCAUGAUCGGAGGACAAGAGAGUACAGCCCAUCUAAGCAUGGACAACAUACCCAUUCAAACAGUCUCCUCCCUGGUUCAGAUCCUAUUAUUGGUGGAUACCCUGCUAUGUCCCAGACGCAUCCGUCGGUCAAUAACGCAUAUGAUCAUCAAGCAGUCCGUGAAAAAAGUGCUGGAAAGGUAUCGGAACUUGUAGCUGGAAUUGAAGCCCAUGCCUCCCCUGUCGGUGCAUCGAACGUGAAGAAUGGUACACCGCCGCAACCAAGUCGUAUGCUUCUAUCCAGCCAGCCGCACAGGUCCCGUGACAGAAGGGUUUCAAUCUCUGGUGAAGAAGGACCACAUGAGGGUUCGACGCCCUCUUUCAAUGUCUCACUGACUGCCAAUGAUCGCGGUCGAGUGGUAUCUUUGUCUGCUUCUAAAAACGGAAACGGAUCACCCAACGCGCUUGUCGAAGAUAAAUCCCACCCAGCGUCGCAGUCCCCUGCCAAUCUUCCCGUUACCUACAUACCUCACGGCGGGAAGGUUCCUCAUGAUGACUUUGCAAAGUCAUCUUUUGCCGUAUCACACCCAGCUUUCAAUGAACAAACGAGUCAGCAGGUUGGCGAUUCGACCAUAAAGCCUGACGUUCUGAAGGGGUUGGAUAUCAAAUUUAAUCCAUAUUCCACGGCUCCAGAGCCAAGAAAUCCUACUCGGGCCACGGACGGGGUCGGUUUGGAUAGUGUCGGAGUACAACAAAUCUCCGGCGUAUCUCAAGUGUCUACCAGUUUCGACAGAAAUGAAGGUGGUGCGCCCUUGCUUUUCCAACCAAACCCUUCACCGUUGACUUCAAAGGCGACCCCUGGUUUUGUUGCGGCCGGCAAAUAUUUCGAUCAGAAAGGCGCUGAGAUUCCAUUGUAUCCGCGACCCUCCAGUACCAUGCCGUUUUCGCAUCCCAAGUUGGCAGAACUUCUCUCGGACAACCCGCUUACGGCUCGCCAAGCGUCAGCAUACUCCGAGGUUCCUACCCCUCACGGUACGACGACGGUGCGAACUCAGUCAACUGUCCCUGAGCCAUCCAUCUCCGUACAACGCCCCACCUCUCAUCGCAAACAGACUUCACUCAACCUUGCUCCAUCGCAGCACCCUGAUAUUACCUCUGGUAACUCAUUCAACAGCAAUAACGAAUCUUUUUCUCACCAUUCCCGUAAUGAGUCAGCCCCUGCGGAAACUACAGCGGCGCGCAUCUCACCUCGUUCUCUUCCUGUGAGCGACUAUUCACCCAACACGCUUACCACUAGAUCACACCCUUUUGAUACAUCCGUUAUUCAAAGUACUCAAGGACGCUCUCUCAAUGCGGAUAACGGUGUCCUUCCUCAUCACCCACGAAAUGCUUCGACUUCAGCUUAUGCACAGACAGUUGCACGCACUUCCCCAAAUUCCGUUCCCAAACAGCCGCCGACAAGCGAUCUCCCAUCUAUACCUCAUACAUCAUCCAUUAACAGACCGCUCGAUAGCCACCCUCGAACUCAGAUCCCGCCUUCCAACAAUCAAAUAUCUACCGGCGGAAAUGGCGGGAAAAUUAGCUCUCAACAGGGAUAUUCGUCUGCUUCCACACAAGCGAUGCGCACCCCUCACAUUAUACCGCAAAAAUUCACAUCGAACGAGCCCCCCACCACGUUAGGCCCAGCAACUAGUAGACCAGCUGAAUCCUCCCGCAGAGAUAUCAACAUACAAUCACAAGAUUCCAUCACCUAUCAUGGAGUCACCGGGCAAACGCAGUCUCCGAUACGAUCCGCACCAAGUUUGCAUGCGUCUCCUAAUCUCUAUGCGAGUGGUUCCUACAAUAUCUCUUUGAAUUCGAACAGCGAGUCUGUAAAUACAUCUCAGAAGAACCUUCGGACCCAUGAGCCGCCCGAUCCUUCUUCAGCACAUACCAAUCGUAUUCGCAACGUUUCCCAGCACGCGUCCAAUGUCCAACCGUAUCAACCUGUCACAUCGAAGAGCAAACGCUCUCAAUACUCUAAGGACGGCCAGGCUCCGUAUGAUCAUGGUUCCCCGUCCUCAGCUCUUGACACCCACUCAUCGACUUCUGCCUUCGGUCAAACGAAUCAAACAACUGCUGUGUUCGGAGAGCGAGACUAUACAGAGCCGAAUGCACACGAUAUACUUGUGGAUCGAACCUUACCGCGUUCCUCGUCUCAGGAAACGUUGCUCAAAACACCUUCCUCUCUAGCGGCUUCGCUGAAACCGACAGUUUCGCGCACGUCCAACCCAGCGUCUGUCAAAACGCAACCAGAGAUUCGAAAGAAGGGCUUCCUGAGUAGACUCAUACCAAAAGCUUCGCAACGGGAAGAUCCCUAUCAAGUGUGGUACCCUGCAUCUGAGUCCACUCUCGUUGUUCCUGGGAAACAGUCCGGAGCAGGGGAGGUCGAGACAGAACGCAAAACGUUGUCGUCUAGAGUCAAAGUUCCACCGCCAAUAAAUGUCCCAAUACCCAUCCCUUCAAACUCGGGACGUAAGAGUCCGAACGCAAAACCGUUUACUCCCUUUCGAUACUUGUCAACCAAAAGGAACCGCACCAUGUCCGCUACGUCCUUGGAGGCUGUAAACGGGACUGCGCCCAACACAGUAGGAUCGCCUACAGCAUCCAUGCAUAGCAGUCAACCUCCAUUCCACCCCCCUACCAGACGUGAUCCCUAUCUCGCUACCCAGGAAUGGCGUGAUCGUGAUCAUGCUUCCCUACGUGGCGACAAGUUGAAAGUACAGCGACCAGGUGUUGUUUUCGACGUUGCACACGAGCCCUCAGAGGACAGACAGAAUCUGAGAUAUAGUAAAUCCAAGUCUAGGAACAGGUCCAGACGGUAUUAA